AUGCCCUGCACAUAUGAGGGCCCUCAAUCAUUACAACCCCUUUGCCCUUUGAUUCAGUCGGCCCUGGUCAUACAAUUUGUCAUGAGUAAUAUGGAACAAAUAUAUGUAACACCAAGAUCAAUGGCUGCAAUAAUGUUAAUUGUGGUAUAUUUAACUACACAAUCUUUUGCCAKAACGCCUAAACGACCUCCUAAAAUAGAUAUUGGAAGCUUUGAAUGCGUGCCGUCAUCCGUCAACGAUAUCACAAGAGACGUUAUCGUAUAUUGGCAAAACGUUCAUGAAAAUGAGAAACACAAACAUAAUGAUUCUGCAUCGUUAUCGCUGACAAAAGUUAAAACGUAUAACGAUCAAGGUAUUUAUGAGUUGUCAUGGAAAAUUGAUGAUAAACAGAAACUAUUUACUCCAAAUCAACUGAACUAUUACACACUGUAUUGGUGUGAAAAUGACAUGGUCCAUCCAAACCAGUGUAAUGGCUAUAUGGACUGGAUACAUAUUCCAAGUACAGAGAAUAGCUAUAUUAUUACCGUAAAAGAUAUUUGGAAAGAUUAUCAAUUUGCGAUAAGUGCCAACAGUGAGACUUUACAAAAAACCAGUUCCAGUGGAAAUGGAGCUUAUAUUUUUAAAUCAGUCAGUAGUGGAAUGGUGUGGGAGACGUGUGCAACAUUGCAUAUAACGAGUAACAAAACAAGCAAAGUAAAAAGCUUUUGGAUCAGUGAGGUCGGCAACACAUACAUGGCUUUGAGGUGGAAGUUCGACUGUUCAGAACAGAUAGAUUUCAUUCGUGAUUUUCACGUAUUUUAUUGUCCAAUACGUUCCGAGGACAAUUAUUCAUGCUUAAAACCUCCGGCAUACAAAUCCGUUGAAAGCUAUAUGAAACAAGACUAUACACCUUUUGCAUACUUAUCGGACCUGAAACCAUCUACCAUGUACAAGAUAUCAAUUGUAAUAAAUACAUUAAAUGGAAGCGUAAUUGAAACCGAAUCUGUAACCAUGGCUACACUUACAGAAACUGAGUGAAAACUAAUUGAGAUAUUUAAUUAAAUUAAAUUAUAUUAUAUUCCAUUCUCCGUUUGUAUCAGAAUAAUAAUCUUGGCGGUUAUAAAAUACGUGAAUAAUUAGUGAACUCUUUUGUGGGCUAUGAAUGUAUUUUUAAAAUUCAAAUUUUGAUACAAAUUAUAUUGAAUAUAAAUAUUUUGAAUUAUAAUACAGCCAUAUGGCAUAGGUAUAGUUAAAAAAUUACGAACUGGCAUGUUACUAAUCUCUCUGUCAAUAAUUGUCAAGUUUAUACCAUGUACCUAUUUCACACUAUUUAUACUAUUUACUAUAGAUACU